AUGGGAAAAGAAGACGCCCGAGCCGAUAGUCGUAGACGGUUAAGGGAAAGCGGCUCACAGACUGACGGGGAAGAUGUGUUCGACGAAGCCGACGGCCAUUGUCGUGGGGCUUUUGCCAAACUAGAUGAAGUCAGUGAAAAGCUCGACAAAGUGCUAACAAGACUCGGCGAGUUAGAGGCUAUGCAAGAUAGAGUGGCAGAAUUGGAAAAAGAAAAUAAAAGUUUACAAGAAAGCCUGAACACCGCUCAAGCAGCCAUCGACGACCUAAAUUCGUCUUCAACCGCCACGUGUGCAGCACUGGAAACCCACGCAAAGAAUCUGGAAGACCUCAGUGCUAAAAUAAAACAUCUUGAGUGCCGCAACAUCAAGUUAGAAGCAUACACAAGACGUGAAAAUCUAAAAGUGUUUAAUAUUCCAGAAGGAAGAGGUGAGUCAACUUCUGCUGAAGAUCAAUUGAAAAAAGUGAUGCGCGAUAAACUUAAGAUCCCAGAGGAAGAUAUCGAACAGAUCCGUUUCGAACGCGUUCACCGCAUCCCUACUAAGGGCCUGUUUACAUGGAGGUGGGGGACCCCAGGUAGGUGAGGUAACCCGCUUAGGUGGGGUAACCCGCCUGUCCAUAUAAUCUCUCAUUUUCAUUUGAUCACGUUUACAUGAUAGGUGGGGUGACCCGCCAAGGCGGGUAGCCCGGUCUACCAGACCGGGUUACCCUCUCAGCCGGGGUCACAAUUUGUCAUGUAAACGUUUCAAGGUGGGGUAACCCGCCUGGCCGGGGUCGGAUUCGUGAUAUAUCAAAUUCGCGCAAAAUUCACUUUCGCGGUGUCUUUGCAUUAUGAUUAAAGUUAACAAUAGAAAGCUAUUGCACUGACGGGUUGCAGCAAGAGCAACAAGUGAGUGAAAAAGUGCAUUAAUCGCCAAAACUCCUGGUUUGCCAGCAUUUUUCUUGUUUACGUGCUUAGCGACCAUUCAAUAAUCUUGAGAAAGUGCACCCCGGGAAGGCGGGGUUGUAAGAUUGCAUGUAAAGGCGGGUUAUUUUUUUACCUCACCUAAGCGGGUUACCUCACCUACCUGGGGUCCCCCACCUCCAUGUAAACAGGCCCUAAGAAGAAUACCAGUCAAGGACAGAACUCCAAACCUAGGCCUAUUAUAACUAAAUUUAGCUUCUUUCAAGAUAAGGAGUAUGUUUGGUCUUUUGUUAAAAACUUGAAAAACACUAACAUUUCAAUCGCGAAUGAUUUCCGCCGGGAAAUUGAUGAAAUACAGAAAACGUUAUAUCCCAUCUUGGAAAAGGCCAAACAGAGAAAGCAAACAACCUAUUUCAAAGUUGAUAAGCUAAUUAUAAACGGGCAAAUCUACAGAGGUGAAGAAACAACCAAUCUCCCAUACUACGGUCUCAUUAUGGACACAAGAAACAGCGGAAACUAAAGCCAAAACGGUCACAGCGUGACAGCACAUCAAUAGUUAAGUUUAGUUUAAGGUUUAUGUGUGUAAUAAGUGUUAAACUAUUUAACCCUCCUUGUUUAAUUAGAAAUGUGAGUGCUCUGGAAACUUCUUACUUGAUAUGUUACUGUAUGUUUUUCUGUAGAUUAAUAAUUUGUUUUAGGGCGAAUAUUAUCGUUUAUGUGCACUAUAUUUUCUUGCACUCUGCUAUACCAUCGAUUUCAUUUUCGUUUUAUAUGACUUCUUCUAUAAUACCACUUCCCCGAUUCAGCUCUAAUGACCGAUCAUUCUCUUAAUCUACUAUCUCUCAAUGCGAGGGGACUAAGCAAUUUCAGAAAAAGGCGAACAAUUUUCACGUGGUGUCGAAAACGAAACUCGGAUAUAAUAUUCCUGCAAGAAACUCAUUCGAUAUUGUCAACACAGUUAAAAUGGAAAAACGAAUGGGGUGCAGAACGUAUUUGCUCCCAUGGGAGCUCAAACUCUCGAGGUGGUGCAAUCUUAAUCAAAAAAGGUCUUGAUUGCGUUAUUCACUCUCAAAUUGUAGAUACAUCGGGGAGGUAUAUCGUUGUUAAACCGCUAUCAAAGAUAAAAUGUAUGUUCUUGUAA